AUAAUAAGAAAGGGUGGUUGCGAACGCGAGACCCGAACCAGACAACAUUCUUGCCAGAAAUCAACAUAAGCUUGCGCCAUUUCAAUAUUAUUCCCAUAACUGCUCGCAUAUUCACCAAGUGUUCUUACUAAACUUCCAAUAUUAUUUUUUAUAGUCUUCUUUAAUUAUAAUUAACAAUAACAAUAACAAUUUAUUUAUUUUUGCCGUGAAGAAAAGUUAACAGAAUGGUUUUAACAUUUAAAAUCUUUGACACCAUAAAUGUCGUGGUAAUAUUUAUUAUCACCACAUAUUUGCAACUUUUGUGUCACUCGGAGCUCAAUCACUCGUUAAAUUUGCAAGUGCAAAAUACAUCUGCUGAUAAUUCAACGGCGAUUCAUAGCUUCGUCAAACCUGGGGACCUGAAAAAAAUCUACAGACAUCAAAGGCAGAAUGUUAAAGUCAGGAAAAGAAUUACUGCCGGUAAUUAUAGAAAUUGGAGUAAAUGGUCGCCUUGUACUAAAUCAUGUACAACCCAGCGUCAGAGAUGGUGUAGAGAGCCAGGCACUUGUGAACGUGAUGUUAUAAGAGAAAUCGCUUACUGUUAUGUAAAAGGAAGUUUUUGUCAAAAGUGGAUUUACCGAAAAGUCCGGAAAGGAUUUAAGAAGUAUCCAGACGCUGGAACAGUGACUAAUGAUCUAUUAGAUGAGUUGCAAUCAAACGCUAACAAAAUAAAUAAUUACAAUUACAAUUAUAAUAACUACGAUGAUAAUAAUUGGAAAUGCGGGGUUACUGAACAAGAGAAGCAAAGCAAGUUAUCAUAUUUAUUGAGGAUAAUUGGUGGACAUCCGGCAGUAGCUGGGAAUUGGCCUUGGCAAGUCGCAAUCCUUAAUCGAUAUCGGGAGGCCUUCUGCGGUGGGACAUUGGUGUCUCCAAAGUGGGUGCUUACCGCAGCGCACUGCAUCCGCAAGCACAUCUACGUGCGGCUUGGAGAGCACGAUUUAACGGUGAAAGAAGGAACGGAGCUGGAGUUUAUAAUAGACUCGUCUUUAUCUGUGAAAAUCCAUCCCGACUACGACACAGAUACGGUUGACAAUGAUGUAGCGCUUAUAAGUUUGCCUUACUCAUUAAAUCCAUCAUCUUCGCGCGGGAUCGCUUGCCUGCCGUCGCCUAAUCAGCCGCUUCCUGUUAAUCAGCUCUGCACAAUUAUCGGCUGGGGAAAAUCUAAGACAACAGACAACUUCGGGACCGAGGUUCUCCACGAAGCGCGUAUACCCAUUGUCUCGUCGGAGGCGUGCAGAAACAUGUAUGAAGACUACAAAAUUACCAAUAAUAUGUUUUGCGCGGGGUACCACCGCGGCAGAAUGGACUCUUGCGCCGGCGACAGCGGGGGACCGCUUUUGUGCCGAGAUCCCAGUAGGCCUAAUCAUCCUUGGACCAUUUUCGGCAUCACGAGUUUCGGUGAAGGCUGCGGCAAACGCGGUAAAUUUGGUAUUUAUGCCAAAUUGACAAACUACAUCAACUGGAUUGCUACUGUCAUGAAGGAUUCUUCUUAACAUAGUCAAUAACAGAAUCCAGUCUUUCUUAAUCAAUAGCUCCAUCGUCCAUGGUAUUUAUUAUUCAUUUUAUUUUAUUUUAUUUUAUUCAAAAUUCACAGUGACAGCGUCGUUAAGUGUGACAUAUGUAUUAGGUCAAAAUUGUGACAUACAAAAAGAAUUUAAAGAAAAUAAAAAAAAAAUUAAUAAUUAAUGACCUAGAUGCUUACAAUUAGCUGAACGGAAUAAAAAUAUCUGCGACUUAAUUCUAUAUAUUAUUUAAAAACCAAGAUUAAACUUAUGAUAAAUGAAUUUUAAAUUUGAAGGAUAAAAAAUUAAUCAAAACGAAACGACGCACGGUAUAUUGAAAU